ACAGUGGCCCCUCUGAGCCAAUGAGAGACCGCUAAAAGAUAUUUUUCACUGUAGGGGGCGGGUCUUGGGGAUGAUGGACACGUCUGCUUUGAGCCCUAGCCAGAUUUUCGGUGGGGACUGUAGUGGAGAUUUUUGCAGGCUGAGAUAGUGGGACGUACGUUAUUUUUUGGAGGAGAACAGAGUGAGAGGCCACGUUUGGAAAAGUUCUCAACACGCAUCGUUGAAAAAUACAACAGGUUGACGUGUCACCAUGACGACAGAAGCGGGCUCUGAGACAGAGGUGAAGGAGAAAGCCGAGGAGUCAGCCGCUGAGACCGACCAAUCGGAGAAGGCCUCAGAAGAAGCUCCGGAAGUAACUGCCGCCGAGGGAGAGGAGAAGGAGAAAGACGGGAAGGAGGGAAAAGGAAUAGCUCGAUACCUGCCAACAUGGCUUAAGAAGCAGAAGUCUCAGACCUCCCCGAGCAAGGAGGAGCCAACCAACGGGGAAAGCGAUAGCAAGGACGCACAGGAAGAGGACGGGCCUGUCCCAGCAGUGAACGGUCACGCAGAGGAAGAGAACGAGGCAGUAAAGUCGGACCAAGUGAAGGAAAAAGAAGUAGAAUCUCAUUCCACAGCCAGCGCAGACACAGAGCCUGCAAAGGAGGAGAAGCUGGAAGAGAGUGCUGAGAAAAGUCCCGAGGAGACCGCAGUAACAGAAGGAGAGGGAGCAGAGGAGGAGAAGAAGGAGCAGGAAGGAGAAGGUGAAGCACAGGGAGGAGAAGAAGGAGGAGGAGAGGAGGGCCAUACAUCUAUUUUCCAGUCUCCUCUUCGACUGGUGAGGAAGAACAAGAUGAAGCUGGCGGUGUGUCGCGUGACGCUCCUGGACGGGACAGACUUCACCUGCGAGGUGGAGGUAAGACUCCACAUUUCUUUGUUGAUAGUCGCAACGUAGAGCAUAAACAUGGAG